GACAAAAGUUUAGGAUGUUUAUUGGUAAACGAUUGCAAAAUCUAGUUUGUAUUAUUGUUUUUGAGAUCUUUUUCCUUUCUCUAUCCGAUGCCUACAUUCGCUGUGAGGGAAAACCGCAUAAUUGUUGUGAGGGAUAUAUGUGGAGUACUUCCAUAGAAGAUUGCAUAAAGUGUAAAAUAGGUUACUACGGAAUGAAUUGUUCCAGUCCAUGCCCACCUCCAACCUUUGGAUUAGACUGCCAAACAUUAUGUCCCUGUGAAAAUGAUAUCUGUAAUCAUAUUACUGGUUGUAUGUUAGAAAGAGGAACCACUGAAUCCUUGACUCAGUCGACAGCAGACUUACAUGUAUUAAGAAAUCAGCCAGCAUCAAUGAACUCGUUGAUGACUGUUGGUAUUUCAUCACUGGCUAUAUUGUCCACGGUUAUUUUCGUCGUCUACAUUGGGUUAAAGAUCUUUCCAAGAAACAAGAAAACCGUCAGACAUCUAGAUAUUGAACUGAUGGACCUAAGUCAGAGUAAAAAUAAUCCCUGUAAAACGUGAAGAAAAUCUGACAAUAAAUUCAGUCUUAUUUUA